AUGUGUCUGGAAGGUACAUGCAAUAAUACUUCUUGCCCUGCCUAUAAGAAGCAAGUCAUAAUCAAUCUUGGUCUCAGAAGAUUUGAUGUACUCGUUGAUGCCGAUGUAAUGACAUCAAAAUGCCCUGUAUGUUCACAAUAUGUUGAACCAACAACAUGUGGCUUUAAUAACUGUUUAUGGCGAUGGUGGGGUAUCAUAAAACCGAACAAUGGUUCCCCACCAGUCGAGAUUCCUCCUUGUUAUUGGAAGGAAACUGAGAACACCUACGAUCGUUUUGAUGAACAAAAAAGCGGAUCAGUUGUCUGGCGUAAAUUGAUUCUCGAAACAAAAAGUUUGAAUUAG